UUGUGCCAUUUAACGGAGUUUAUUAUAACAAUUUUUUUCCUGUUACUUCCUCAAUUUUUUUGUUUUUACUUAUUAAAUCUAAAAGUAACUGUACGAUUUAGCUGUUAAACGUAUACAAUGUACAACUGCGAGAAUGGACUUGAAGAAGUGUUCCAGGAGGCACGUGUCUUCGGGCUAAACUUCCUGGCGCCAAGUGUAUCUUAUUCGAAUCAUUCACGAGGUGUACCCGCGCAUACGGAAGAUGGUAUAUCCAUUAGAACAAUAUACAUUCGUAAUCUACCCCCAAAGAUAUCACGGAUAGAGCUGCUCGGAGUGUUUGCUCAAUACGGGUGCAUCAAAAACUGUCAUCUGCAGAUGGGAGGCCGAGGCCCUACUAAAUAUGCAUUAUAUGCAUUUGUGACCUUCAAGUAUCCUAUAGAUGCACUCAGAGCACUCCUGGCACCAGAUCAGACGAAGAUCCAUCAAGGUUACCAGCUCAAAACAUUUCCCGCGGACAGUUGGCACCAACCUGCCGAGGAUGCUGAUGGCCAAGUCACAUGGGAACCUGAACAUAAUGGCCAAGUUCCCCUGGCAUCUUCAAGUGGUGAAGCUGGACCACAAGAUAAUAGCGCAAAUGCAAAUAGAGAAGAAAAAGACACCACAGAAAAUACACACACAAUAUUAGACAUACUGAAAUGGGACUGUCUAGCGCAUGUGCUCAGUUUCGUUCCCAUCAUAGACUUAAUCCGGUCAGAGCGCGUGAGCAAACGCUGGCAGUGUAUGGUCCAGGAGCAUUAUAAUGGUACGCGACUGUUCAAGACGUCAUGGUGGCAACACGGUACAGUGACGCUAACGACGUUGGUAUUACGGCGGGUGCUGCAGCGAUUGGGCCCGAACCUGAAACGACUGCACAUCGACCAAAAGUGCCCGGCGCUCAACGACCGCACGCCGCACACGGUGGGCAAGUUCUGCCCCAACCUCGAGGAGCUCAAGGUUUUCGGGAUGGAUACUGAAAAUUGGAAUCCGGUUACUUCUGGAUGUAAAUUUUUAAAAGCAGUUUCCUUUUUAUCUUGCACGGAGGUGACUGACUCAAGUUUACAACUAAUGAUGAAUAAAAAAACGAUUAUAGAAAGCAUAACCGUAGCCGAAAACAGACAAGUGACCGGUAUGUUCCUAUGUUCCUCCGAAACGUCGAGGCUACCGCUACACACGCUCUCCUUCUACAACUGUUACAGCCUGCAGGGCCUCCUAAUAUGGGCCGCCUUAGACACGCUACCCAACCUCAAAACACUCAGGCUAGAUGUAUGCCCCGUCUCAACUUGGGAAAUCGUACCACGCAUACUCAACAAACUACCACACUUAGAAGAGCUAUCACUCAGCGAUUACUAUUCUUUUAAGGUCAGCUCAAAUAUUGACUUUUGCAAAUCAUUGUCGAAGAUGACCGAGUUGAGAGUUUUGAACCUCAGCAAAAAUAUCUACAUAGAUGAUGCGAUACUGAUGACGGUCGCACAGACGUGCAGCAAGUUGGAGUCUCUGAAUGUCUCGGGUUGUAAUGCUAAAAAGUUCAACCCUCAGCCAGGCAUGGGAUGUAACGCGUUGUUGAACAAUGGAUAUCAGCUGUAUGGGCGCGGUGGUUGGGGCUUUCGCUUAGAUGAUGAAGAUGGAGAAGUGGGCGUGAGUGACGAGGGCAUCAUAAUGAUAUGCCGCUCGUGCAAGGCGCUCAGAGAGCUGGACAUCUCGUACAUCGAGCUGCUGACGGACGCGGGUGUCGCGGCCGCCGCGCAGUGCGCGCGCCUCGUCAGCCUCACCGCGCGCGGCAACGUCUCGCUCACCCCCGCGCCCUUCGCCCCCUCGCUCGCCGCCGCGCUAUCCGGCGCGCCCUUAACCGCCUCGCUCACCGCCGCGCCCUUCGCCGCCGUGCUGGACGCCUGCACCGAGCUGCAGUUGCUGGAUGUAUGCGGGUGCGACAGCGUGUCCGCUGCAUUACUGGUUGAAGCGGCUACGGCGGCGCUCGCGCGGACGCCGCGCCCGCUCAUGCUGCGAAUUGGAGGCAGCCAGGAAAUCGCAGAGAGUUACCCGUCGCACAAGCUACUGGUAGUAAGCACCGAGGACCUGAGCAGCAAGUUCCUGGGUCCGGCGGCCUUCAUGAUGGUUCAUAACAUAACAUAUAACAGCGACGACUCGAGCGACGACGACAGCGAUUACAUCUUUAACUAAUCCGGUAAAUCCGAUGGAGACGAAGAUGAUCUCGACUACGUGUACGGGCUGAACCUAAUGUAACACGGCUGGGCCCAUGUAACAUAUCGUCGUUACACUUACUCAACCUCAUAUCUGCAACAAUUUGAUGGAAAUGUCGAUUUUCUUUCAUUCGGAAUAAGGGUGUUUUUGUCAUCAAAUGAGUGUUGCAGAUACGAGGUUGAGUAAGUAUAGCGGUGAUAUGUUGUAUGCUUAUUAUUUAUUUAUACACAAUCAAGUACAAGAUUUUAUGCAACCAUGUUAUACCUCGCUUCCAGAAAAGUCUUUAUCUGUGAUUGUUUUUAUUUUAUUAUUAUUUAGAUAAGAUAAAUCAUAUAUUUUUUUAUAUCAGUUUCCUGGAAACAGUUUGUUUCUGUUGAGUGAUGGUAACAUAUUCGUUAAAAACUGAUGCCUAACCUGUAAUGGACGGAGCUUGUAUUGUUAAUUAGGUUAAUUAUGGAAACUGUAAAGUCUGAAACAAUUGUGAUAGAAUACUAUUUAAUUUUCCUUGUAACAGCACUAACAGCAGCUUAGUUUAAAUGUAAUAUUUUAGCAGGGAAAUUUUGUUAACAUGACACUUAAUAACAUUUUAAAUAGACUAAUUUGUUACAGAAUUUAUGGGUGUCAAAAAAUUUAUAUAGUAUGCUAAUUUUCUAACCUCAUGAGGCCAUGUCCUCUAAAUGUCAACAUUAUUCAGAAGAACUUGCUUAUUACUUUUAUUUUAAUUUAAGUAGAACAAUUUUCUCUAAUUUGUUACUAAAAAAAAAACAAUAGAAAAACAAAAAAAAUACCUAUAGUGUGAUGUUUAUUUCCCAAUUUAGACAUUGUUUUAAGUUUAGAUUCCUUUUUGAGGAUUUUCUGUUAUUAUAUUUUUUAUUUUAACCUGUGAUGGACGGAGCUUGUAUUGUUAAUUAGGUUAAUUAUGGAAACUGUAAAGUCUGAAACAAUUGUGAUAGAAUACUAUUUAAUUUCCCUUGUAACAGCACUAACAGCAGCUUAGUUUAAAUGUAAUAUUUUAGCAGGGAAAUUUUGUUAACAUGACACUUAAUAACAUUUUAAAUAGACUAAUUUGUUACAGAAUUUAUGGGUGUCAAAAAAUUGAUAUAGUAUGCUAAUUUUCUAACCUCGUGAGGCCAUGUCCUCUAAAUGUCAACAUUAUUCAGAAGAACUUGCUUAUUACUUUUAUUUUAGAACAAUUUUCUCUAAUUUGUUACUAAAAAAAAAGAAAAAAAAGAAAAAAAAAGAAAAAAGAAAAACAAAAAAACCUAUAGUGUGAUGUUUAUUUCCCCAUUUUGAAAUUGUUUUAAGUUUAGAUUCCUUUUUGAGGAUUAUCUGUUAUUAUAUUUUUUCUUUUUAACUCUUUAUAGUCUUUAUACAUUGCAAUCAAAGAUGAUUAUAUUUUUCAUAGAGAGAAUGAGGUAAGUCUAAUAAUAAGGCCAGGAUUACACUUGUAAGUUUUACUUACGUAAGUAGGGACAAAGCUAUUUGCUAGAAUGAAAUAACGAUAUUCAUAUCUCAUUCUGUAGUAUAGCUGUGUCCCUACUUACGUAAGUAAAACUUACAAGCAUGGAGACUGUAUAAGUGUAAUCCUGGCCUAAUAAAAAAGUCACUUGUCAGUAACUAUCACAAACUUGUUUUUAUUUAUAAUUAUUGUA